GAAUCGACUCCGGUGUCUGUAAUCUAUGUUUUUGUUUUAAUAUAAAAAAAAACAUAGUUCUCUAAUGUUUAUUUUGAAAUUUAUAAUUCUAUCUAAAUAAAAUUAUAAAGUAAUUGAUAUUUCUUUUCUUAAAUAUAUCUUUAAGCAUUAGUAAUUUUCGUGAAAAGUUUCGUCCAAUCCAUUAUGAAAAAUUGGGUCAGUAGAUAUUAAAAAGUUCGUCUUCAACUAAUGACGGACAAAUCUGAUUCCUUUUUUAUCGGUUUAAGUCUUGCAGUAUCGUCCAGUAUAUUUAUAGGAUCAAGUUUUGUUAUAAAAAAAUCAGCAUUAAUUAAAAUUUCGGCUUCCGGAAACCUUCGAGCUUCAGCCGGAGGGUUCGCAUACCUCAAACAAUGGACGUGGUGGUUAGGUUUGGCAACAAUGGCCGUUGGAGAAGGCGCAAACCUCUUGGCAUAUGCAUUCACCCCUGCAGCAUUAGUUACUCCUUUGGGUGCACUGAGUGUACUUGUAGCAGCAGUACUAUCUUCAAAAUUCCUCCAGGAAAAACUUAAUUUUAUUGGAAAGAUGGGAUGCUUUCUAUGUAUUAUUGGUACAAUAAUAUUUGUAAUACAUUCACCAAAAUCAGAAGAAAUCCAAACAUUUACAGAACUACUUGAUAAAUUAAGUAAUGAUGUAUUUAUUUCAUAUGUGGCAACAAUAUUCAUUAUUAGUUUUAUUAUCAAAAUAGUUUUUGUUCCAAGAUUUGGUAACACAAACAUUUCCAUAUAUUUAUUUUUGUGUUCUGCUAUAGGUAGUCUAACUGUUGUAUUUUGUAAAGCAGUAGCAUUAGCCAUAAAAGAAACUAUUACUACUGAAAUCAACAGUGUACAAAAUAAAUCCUUUUGGUUACUUUUAAUUACUUCUAUUGUAUGUAUUAUAAUACAAAUGAAUUAUUUAAAUAAAUCAUUAGAUAUAUUUAAUACAAGUGUUGUAACUCCUGUGUAUUAUGUGAUGUUUACAGUAUUAGUCAUUAUUGCCUCCAGUAUAUUGUUCAGAGAAUGGGAACAUAUGAAAAGUACUGACAUUUUAGGUAGUUUUUGUGGUUUUUUAGUAGUUGUAACAGCUGUUUGUAUGCUAAAUAUGUUUAAGGAUGUACAAAUAUCAUUUAAAGAUUUAAAUUUUAAUGUCAGGAAUAGAAGAACUUUAGUAUAGGAAAAAUUAAAAUCGUUGUGAAUAAUUAAAAUAAUAAUAUUUUUUUAUUAAAUUAAAAAAGAGUGGUCCUAGCACAGAUAGGGCCACCGUUUCCUUUCCCAUGAGUGCCAUAAGACGCUAUCUCAAUAGUCAAAUAACUGGAUGAGUGUUCCUCUUAAAAUAUCACCAAAGCUUAGCAGUUAUCAACCUGCCUUUCAAGUGUAGCAACUACAGGCAAAACUCCCCUUAUAGGGAAGAUCUGUGUUCAGUAGUGGACAGUUAAUAGCUGUAAUAAUAAUAAUUAUAAAUUUGUAUUUAGUUUCAUAAAUAAAUAAUUAAAACAAUGUUCUUGUGUGCAGUUAGUACCUUACUUUGUUAUAAAACAAACUGCUACUAUAUCUAGUUUAAAUUCCCUUAGUCACCCCUUAUGACACCUAUAGGAAAGGAAGGAGUGGUUUAUUCUAUGCUGGGACUACACAGUAAUUAUGUAGGUAUGUAACAUUAUUUAUUAUUAAUAAUAAAAGGUAUAGAGUAAUCACUACA